AUGUCUAUCAACACGGUAGUCAUCGGCUCAGGUCCCGCGGGACUCUGUCUCUCCUACAUUCUGCACGGCAACAUACCCUACUACAACCCCCACAAGCCACAUCCUGAUCCCGAACUCCACAGGCUGCUGGCUCAGUAUGAGAAGAGGCCGGGAGGCAAGUCGCUGCUGGACGCGGUGUCCAACCGAGACGUUUUGCAACACGUGAUCGACAAGGGUCCGCAUUUCCGAUCGUCCAUGCUGCCAGUCAACCUGCUUCUGGAUCUGCUGGUGGUCUCAGACGAGAUCAACUACGUCAGUAGGGACCAAAUGGAUAGCCGAAUCACGUGGGUGCACGAACCCGAGCGGGCGAUUGAUCACGUGGUCAUCGGAACCCAUCCUGGAGGCCAAUGGGCUCAAUCUGAUACUUCUACAACCACUCCUGAUGACCAAUGUUUGAGCUACGCAGAAAUGCUGUCUCUCCCAGGCUACCCAUUUUCCACGCAUUACAAAGAAAAGUACGGCAAUGCACCUCCGGAGUUUUUGCGGCCUCGAAGGAAAGAUAUAGCGUCGUAUUUCGACGCCUACCCCGACAUUGUGGGCAUCUCAGACUCACUAAUUAUCGGAACCGUAAUAGAGGUCGAUAUCAGAAGCAAGGGAGGCUAUUCCGUCAGUUACAACGGUCAGGUUGGUCUUAUGACCCCUGGCUCUGAAUCUGUUCCUGGAUCUCCCUCUGGCCCAAGUUCGCAAACAGCCUCCUGGGCGUCGCCUAAGAGAAGUCCGUCCUGCCGACUUACUACAACUAAUGUGGUUUUGGCAACCGGCAUUUUCGACAAACCGUCACAGUUCAAGACCCACAAACACGCAAACUGCUCAUCCAAGUCGUUGCUGUACAACUCGGAGUGCACGGGCAUGACUCUCAACGAGCUGAUUGACAAACGGUUCAAUGGGCUCUUCCACUUUGACCAUUCGGACUCAGAUGUCACCCUGGUGGUCGGAUCUGGCUUCUCUGCUGCCGACAUCAUCAGUUCGACUUUCAAGCAGGGCGGAAGAGUGCUUCAUUUGUUCAAAUGGGGUGACAAACCGUGUCCUUUAAAAGGAUUCCCUAGAGAGCUGUACCCCGAGUACGCUUCUAUUUACAGAUGGAUGAGGCUGGCAGCUGCAACUCAGAAAAGGUCUGCUAGCGGUGCUCAACCAACUAAUGGGGUUGUUUCAACGUCUCGAAAAUGUAAGUUUGAAGAAAACGGAUGCCACUACGAGGGACUGGCAAACACAAAGAUUCUAUCUGCUGAAGACGGAGUUCUCAAACUAGAACUUCCCGGCGGAGAGGUUCUGACUCGACACGUAGGAGGCGUGCGCAUUUGUGUCGGUCGAACCGGGUCUCUGCAGUUUCUAUCAAACCGCAUCCUGCAUGCCCUAGACCUCGCUCAACAGGAGGCCUACACGGUGAACAAGCAUACGAUUUCCAAGCGCAUUCUCAACCCGAGGAAAGACAAGGGAGACCCAUCAAACGGUCUCUCAGACCUCGGACACAAGCACACAAACCGACCUGUGUCCAACGGUGAUCCAAAGACCCCCGACUCGGCAGGCGCCUCUCCAUGCACCUACGUGGCUGCGGGAGCUCCAGGCGACGCCCAGUCGUGCGAGGCCAUGGAUAAUGCCUUCUACGGCGACUUUCAGGUGCUUCCCAACAUGUACGCCAUUGGCAGCCUCGCGGGAGAUUCUCUCGUGCGGUUUGUGCUUGGAGGAGCUGCUGCUGUGGGCAAGUUGUUGGGCGUCUAG